GUUCUAUGUGAAAGGGGUUCUUUUAAUAAAUUACCGGUGGAACAAACCAACAGUGGAAAGAGGCAGAAGUAACUUGGAGCCGAGUCACCAGUGACAGAGCCAAGAAGAUUUCUAGUAUUUUAAUAUCUAAUGUGCCCCUCAGCCCAUUUUUCUAACUGGUCUCACCAAAAGUUCACAGUCUGACUGUCAGAUUUGAUAUGUGCUUAUUGUUUCCUUCAGCGCUUAACAGGCCACAGUGAAGGUACAUCACCUUUGCCCCUUUUUCGAGAUGGCUCAAGAUUCAGUAGGACUUCCUUCUGAUUAUCAGUUUUGGAUGCGGAAGCUGUCUGUAUGGGGCCAGGCCUCCACUUUGGAAACCCAGCAAGACAUCUGCCAUCACCUACCUCAGUUCCAGGAGUUCCUUAGGCAGAUUUAUGAAAUCUUAAAAGAAAUGGAUUCAAGUACAAUCAUUGAAAGAUUUUCCACAAUUGGUCAACUAUUGGCAAAAACUUGCUGGAAUCCUUUUAUCUUAGCAUAUGAUGAAAGCCAAAAAAUUCUAACAUGGUGCUUAGGUUGUCUGAUUAACAAAGAACCACAGAAUUCUGGAGAAUCGAAACUGAACUCCUGGACACGGGGGUUGUUAUCUCAUAUACUUUCAGCAUUCAGAUUUGAUAUAAAAGAAGUUGGUCUUUUUGCUCAAAGUCUUGGGUAUGCACCUGCAGAUUAUUAUCCUGGUUUGCUAAAAAAUAUGGUUUUAUCAUUAGUGUCUGAGCUCAGAGAGAAUCAUCUUAAUGGAUUUAACACUCAGAGGCGAAUGGCUCCUGAACGAGUAAGGUCUCUAUCACGAAUUUGUAUCCCACUUGUUACUCUGCCUGAUUUUGAACCACUGGUGGAAGCUCUGCUCACCUACCAUGGCCAUGACCCUCAGGAAAUGCUCUGGCCGGAGUUCUUCGAUGCUGUAAAUGAGGCCUUUUUACUGAAGAAGAUUUCUCUCCCCAAGUCAGCGGUCGUCUGCCUCUGGCUUCGACACCUUCCCAGCCUUGAAAAAGCAACGCUGCAUCUUUUCGAAAAGCUAAUCUUCAGUGAGAGAAAUUCUCUGAGAAGGACCGAACGCUUCAUGAAAGAGUCACUGCUGCCUCAAGCAGCCUGCCACCCUGCCAUCUUCAGAAUUGUUGAUGAAAUGUUCAGGGGUUUUGAAUUUUUUAUUCUAUUGCAGCUGAAGUUUGCACUCAAGACCUACUUUCCUUACGCUCCUCCGUCUCUGGUCAUGUCGCUACUCCAGCACCCGAAAGACAUCCCACAGGGACUGCAGCACCAGCCACUGAGGCGUAUUUCUGAAAUGCUCAGAGAAUCGGUGGAAGACCAGACUCACGGGUCCUGCGGAGGCCCCUUUGAGAGCUGGUUUUUGUUCGUUCACUUUGGAGGAUGGGCUGAUGCGGUGGCUGAGCAGUUACUGAUGUCAGGAGCCGAACCCCCCGAGGCCUUGCUGUGGCUCUUGGCAUUCACCUACAGCCCACGUGACGGGAGCCAGCCGAGAGCAAAGACCAUGGUGGAGGUGAAAGCAGUGCUCGGCCACCUCCGGAGGCUGCUCAGGAGCCCGACCCUGUCGGCCAGGGAUCUGCAGGCAGCAGCUGGAGAGCGCCCAGGCGGGGCCACCAGGCCGCUGGCCUGUGGGCGGCUGAUCAGGCACCUCCUCCUGAACUUCCUGCUCUGGGCGCCUGCAGGCCACACAAUUGCCUGGGAAGUCAUCAGCCACAUGGCGCAGACUGAGGAGACAGCCUGGGAAACCAUCGGCUUUCUUGACCAGACCUUGGACAGGUGGGAUCGUCUUGGCACAGAGGCCCCGGCAUCGAGACGACUGGCCCGGGAGCUCCUUACGGAGCUGCGCGCACGUCCAGCGCAGGCCCGUUGACCGAGCACCGCCCUGUGGGCCCAGGUGCGCGGGGCCAGGGAUGCAGCGAUGGGUUUCUAAGGCAAGGGUGCCCUCUGUGAGGAGUAACAGUCAGCCGGAACUACCCUGGCAAGCCCUGCUAGGAGAAUUCCACACAAGGAGGAGACAGGCUCCUUCGCCCAGACUCAGUCAGGUCUCUUCACUGAUGACUGGAGUUCACGCCUUCAGCAUUCUCUUGACAAGUUCAGCUGGGUGUCAGAGAAUCCCUGAGAAAAGGCUCGGAUGGGAGAACCAAUUUUUAUUUCCUUUUUUCCCUUAUCAAAUAAAAUGCACAGCUAUUACCUACAUGUUUCAAAGUCUUCGGACCAAGAAAUGGGUCAGGAACCACUGUUCAGUUUAGAAAGUAAUUCAGUCCCUGCCCCAGGUCUGUUAGAAGUCAGGUCAUUGGGAUUGGUGUUCCUCUGAAUCCACAGGGAUCCGAGAUAAAGCCACUCUCCCUAGUUCUCUAGCAAGUAGAGUCCCUUGGGCACCCCGUGAGCAAGCCGCGGGGAAGGAGCGAGCGGGGACAGGGCCCACUGGUCCAUGCCGCCUGCCGUGGAGAGCGGCCCUGCCGGCCACCGGCCACCGGCCACCGUGUCUGUUGCUAAACACUCGCUGCUGCCUCAGAGCCCCAUUGCCGAGAGACGCUGCCGGAGGGCGAGGACGCAUUCCAGAGACACCGGGAAAGGGUGUCAGCAGUUAUCUUGUUAAGUGAACUGGAAAUGGAAAUUUCUAAUAAAGGACUGGUAACCCCAA